UUCCCAUUGCUGUUUGUGUGUAGAUUGGGUGAUACGCCUCAUCUCAGUUCAGCAUCGAAGGACAGAGCAAGGAGACCUGCCACCAUCUCCCGCAGUAUGUAACCUUGCUGGCUGCUCCCGGGGAGGGGAUCGGGGACAGGAUGGGAACAAUGCUUUAUCAGGAAGGAACCUCUGACACUAUGUCUCUCGUCGGCCUGGGCCGCAGGCUGGGUGCCCUGACCCUGGGUCCAGCUCGCAUUCUGAGGUCGUCCCUGUCACCACUCCAGCCAUUUCUGGCCUCCUGGACCCUUCCCGUUCAGCAGCCGUCCAUGGGGAUCCUGACGUCCGCUGCCUUGUGCAAUAACAGAAACAACUGGAAGGAGAGGAGCUCGUACACAGUGAGGCCGAUCGGGAUAAAGAAGACCGGAGGCCGGGAUCACACGGGGAGGAUUCGGGUGCACGGGAUUGGGGGUGGCCACAAGCAGCGAUAUCGUAUGAUCGAUUUCCAGCGCCUGCGCUAUGAGCCAGGGAUGGAGGGAAAGCCCUUCCAGGAGAAGGUGGUGGAUGUUCGAUACGACCCCUGCAGAUCCGCUGACAUUGCGAUGGUGGCCGGAGGCAGUCGGAAACGCUGGAUCAUUGCCACAGAGAACAUGAAGCCCGGAGACGUGCUGACCACCUCUGGAUACAUCGGCCGCAUGACAGUCUCCGCCAGCGAGGGGGAUGCCCACCCUCUGGGAGCUCUCCCUGUGGGAACGCUGGUCAAUAACCUGGAGUUGGCGCCCGGGAGAGGAGCACAGUUAGUCCGGGCGGCAGGGACAUGUGGAGUGCUGCUCCGGAAAACUAAUGGCACCGCCAUCAUCCAGCUCCCAUCAAAACGUCAGAUUCAGGUGCUGGAGACCUGCAUUGCCACCGUUGGGCGCAUCUCAAACGUGGCCCACAAUCAGCGGAUCAUCGGGAAAGCCGGCCGGAACCGCUGGCUUGGGAAAAGGCCAUCGAGUGGGUUGUGGCAGAGGAAAGGAGGCUGGGCUGGCCGCAAGAUCCGGCCCCUGCCCCCCAUGAAGAGCUACGUGAACCUGCCGUCCAUUGCGGCGUCCAACUGAGCUUGGCUUGAGACAGAUAUUUAAUAAACAAGUACUACUCCUGA